AUGUCCGAACGAGGCUCUUUCCGUGGCGGCCGUGGUCGCGGCGGGCGUCAGCCCCAGCAAAAAGGUGAUAAGGGUGCUGCGCAAGAGAAGCCGAAGAAGGAGAAUAUCCUCGAUCUCAACAAGUACAUGGACAAGGAGGUCCAGGUGAAGUUCAAUGGCGGUCGCGAAGUUACCGGUACCCUCAAGGGCUAUGAUCAACUUAUGAACCUUGUGCUCGACGAUGUCAAGGAGGCCAUGCGCGAUGACGAGGGCAACCUGACCACCCGCCCGCUGGGCUUGAUCGUCGCCCGCGGGACCCUCAUCGUGUUGAUUUCUCCAGCGGAUGGUAGUGAGGAGAUUCCCAAUCCAUUUGUCCAGCCCGAAGAGUAA